AUGUCCUCCAAAAGCAUCUCCUCAGCGAUCAACAGAGUCGGACAAGUCACGCAACAACUUUCUUCCCAAGCACCCGUCAAGCAGCAGAUGAGAAUGGCUUCCACCGCCAACACAGUACACAAGCUCAACACGGGCGCCACCAUGCCGGCCGUGGGCUUCGGCACAUGGCAAGACAAAGACGCCCAAGCCUCCGCCGUCGAGACCGCCCUGCGCGCCGGCUACCGCCACAUCGACACCGCGCGCAUCUACGGCACCGAGCCCAUGGUCGCCGACGGCAUCGCCAAAUCCGGCGUCCCGCGCAGCCAGAUCUUCAUCACGACCAAGCUGUGGAACAACUCGCAUGACCCCAAGUCCGUGGAGCCGGCGCUGGAUGCGUCGCUGAAGGAUCUCGGGAUGGAGUAUGUGGAUUUGUAUCUGAUGCAUUGGCCGUCGCCAUUCAAGGAUGGGGAGAGCAUGUUCCCGAAGGGAGAGGAUGGGAAGGCGAUUCCUGGGGAUGCGGAUUAUGUGGAGACGUAUAAGGCGAUGGAGGAGUGUCAGAGGAAGGGGAAGGCGAAGGCGAUUGGGGUGAGCAACUUUUCGCAGUCGGAGAUGGAGAGGUUGGUGAAGGAGGCGAGUAUUGUGCCGGCGGCGCAUCAGUAUGAAUGCCAUCCAUGGCUGCAGCAGAAGAAGUUUGCGGACUGGCAUAAGGAGAAGGGCAUUCAUAUCAUGCAGUACUCGCCUUUCGGCAACCAGAACCCGAUCUACUCGAAGGGCGAGGAUCUGGGCAAGCUGAUUGAUGACCCGACACUGGCUGAGAUUGGGAAGAAGUACAACAAGAGCGGUGCUCAGGUCGCAUUGGCUUGGGGUAUCGCACAUGGACGCAACGUGCUGCCCAAGAGCAAGACAGAGAACCGCAUCGUUCAGAACCUCGAGGGCGACUUCAAGCUUGAUCCUGAAGACGUGAAGAAGAUCGACAGCAUCGACAAGAAGUUCCGCUUCAACGACCCGAGUGCCAACUUCAAGUGGAACUUCUACGCCGACUUGGACGGGAAGACGAACUGA